CCCCCAUGUAGUGAGGCGCGGAGGCCGGCUCUCGCAACUCAAGAUGGCGGACGAGAGUGAGACAGCAGUGAAGCCGCCGGCACCUCCGCUGCCGCAGAUGAUGGAAGGGAACGGAAACGGCCAUGAGCACUGCAGCGACUGCGAGAACGAGGAGGACAACAGCUACAGCCGGGGUGGUUUGAGUCCAGCCAAUGACACUGGAGCCAAAAAGAAGAAAAAGAAACAAAAAAAGAAGAAAGAGAAAGGCAAUGAGACAGAUUCAGCCCAGGAUCAGCCUGUGAAGAUGAACUCUUUGCCAGCAGAGAGGAUCCAGGAAAUACAGAAAGCCAUUGAACUGUUUUCAGUGGGUCAGGGACCUGCCAAAACCAUGGAGGAGGCUAGCAAGCGAAGCUACCAGUUCUGGGACACGCAGCCUGUCCCCAAACUGGGAGAAGUGGUGAACACCCAUGGCCCCGUGGAACCUGACAAAGACAACAUCCGCCAGGAGCCCUACACCCUGCCCCAGGGCUUCACCUGGGAUGCCUUGGACCUGGGGGACCGCGGUGUGCUGAAAGAACUCUAUGGCCUCCUGAAUGAGAACUACGUGGAGGAUGAUGACAAUAUGUUCCGGUUCGACUACUCCCCGGACUUUCUGCUGUGGGCUCUCCGGCCGCCUGGCUGGCUCCCCCAGUGGCACUGCGGGGUUCGAGUGGUCUCAAGUCGGAAACUGGUUGGGUUCAUCAGUGCCAUCCCAGCAAACAUCCACAUCUAUGACACAGAGAAGAAGAUGGUGGAGAUCAACUUCCUGUGUGUCCACAAGAAGCUGCGCUCCAAGAGGGUGGCUCCGGUCCUGAUCCGGGAGAUAACCCGGCGAGUUCACCUGGAGGGCAUCUUCCAAGCUGUUUACACUGCCGGCGUGGUAUUACCAAAGCCUGUUGGCACCUGCAGGUACUGGCAUCGGUCCCUAAACCCUCGGAAGCUGAUUGAAGUGAAGUUCUCCCACCUGAGCAGAAAUAUGACCAUGCAGCGUACCAUGAAGCUCUACCGACUGCCAGAGACUCCCAAGACAGCUGGACUGCGACCAAUGGAAAAAAAGGACAUUCCAGUAGUGCACCAGCUCCUCACCAGGUACCUGAAGCAGUUCCACCUCACACCGGUCAUGAGCCAGGAGGAAGUGGAGCACUGGUUCUACCCCCAGGAGAAUAUCAUCGACACUUUUGUGGUGGAGAAUGCAAACGGUGAAGUGACAGAUUUCCUGAGCUUUUAUACACUUCCCUCCACCAUUAUGAAUCACCCAACCCACAAGAGUCUAAAGGCUGCUUAUUCUUUCUACAACGUCCACACCCAGACCCCUCUUCUAGACCUCAUGAGCGAUGCCCUUGUUCUCGCCAAAAUGAAAGGGUUUGACGUGUUCAAUGCCCUGGAUCUCAUGGAGAACAAAACCUUUCUGGAGAAGCUCAAGUUUGGCAUAGGGGAUGGCAACUUGCAGUAUUACCUUUACAACUGGAAGUGCCCCAGCAUGGGGGCAGAGAAGGUUGGGCUGGUGUUACAGUAAUCAGUUGCCAGUGAGAUUCUGGAUAAAGCCACUGAGAAUUCAAACCAGAAAAUGGAACCCCACCACUUGUCGGUCCCAACUUUCACAAACGUGAGAAUCCCUGGCAAAGGGAACAGAACUGAACCGGCUUUACCAAACCGCCGCUGAACUUGACAAUUGUAUUGCAUUACGAUGGCGUAGGCUGCGCGAUGUCACCUCUGGCCGUGUCUCUGGUCUCCCUGUUUUCCAAUUAAUCACAUCCUUACGCAGCCGUGAUCAAGGGAAUGUAACUGCUGAAAACUAGCUCGUGAUUGGCAUAUUAUGGAGUUAACGGGUGAAUAAUAAAAGUAUAUAUAUAUAUAUUA